AAAUGCUAAAAAGUUGAAUUAAUCAAGUUUCAAAUCAAAAUCACAGAACUACAUAAACGGUGAAUUUACAAACAACAAUUAUACAUCCCACUUUCAGAAGCUUUAAAGGAUCUACCAAUAAUACUAACACCAUCCGUUAUCAUGCUCUCUCCAUUUAACACCUUCAAGUUCAGGCUUCCCUGAACACUUCUUCCCCACUAAGUCAUAUGGUAACCAUCCCUUUCCCAGGCCGCGACCACAUAAACCCCAUGCUCUCUCUCUGCCUCCUCCCCCCAAAAACCCUAAUUAUCACCAUUAUUGUUACAGAAGAAUGACUUAACAUAAUCAGCUCCGAUCAUCCAUCCCCAUCUCUAACUUCCAAACUCCAGAUCCACUCCAUCCCCAACUUCCUUCCAUCCGAACGCACGGGCGACAACAACUACACCGAAUUCUUCAACUCCGUCAUGUCUAAAAUGGCGGAUACAGUUCAACGAGUGCUUGACGAGCUCAACCCGUUGGCUGAUAUUGUUGUCGGGGACGCGCUUUUGCCGUGGAUUGUUCGAAUAUGUGAGAAGAGGAAUGUUCCUGCCGUGUUUUUGUGGGCGGAAUCAGCUUCUUCAUGCUACACUUUGUACAAAUUCGAGCAACUUGAUGCCACCAACGGAUUGCCGGAAGAUUUCUCAGGAGUUGAAGAACUCACUUAUCUCCAAGAUGUCUCCUCCACCCACAUCGCCGGCUUACUCCCAAACGCCACCACCCUCGACCUUCUCCGCGCAAUGUCCCGUGACUACUACUGGUUCCACACAGCUCACUCUGUCCUCACCACCUCCUUCGACAACCUCGAGUCCUCCGCCAUGACCAAAAUCAGAUCAGAUUUCUCCAUCCCAAUCUACCCAAUCGGCCCCCUAAUCCCUCACCGCCUCCCCCCCUCCCCUCCUCCCUCCCCCUACCUCCAAUGGCUCGACUCCCAGCCGGAAUCUUCUGUCCUCUACGUCUCCCUGGGGAGCUUUCUCUCAAUCUCAGACUCUCAGUUAGAAGAAAUUGCCAUGGGGCUCAUGGAAAGCAAGGUGAAGUUUCUAUGGGUUUUGAGAGAUAAACCUCUUUGUGUGGAUGAAGACACGGGCCUUGUUCUGCCAUGGUGCCAUCAGCUUAGGGUUCUCUGCCAUUCCUCCGUCGGCGGGUUUCUGACUCACUGCGGGUGGAAUUCGACGCUGGAGGCGGUUUUCGCUGGAGUUCCGAUGAUCACCUACCCCUUAUUUUGGGACCAGCAGCCCAACAGUAAGCUUGUUGUGGAGGAUUGGGGGAUUGGGGUGAGGCUGAAGGAGUAUCAUGGAGAGGAGAUUGUGAGGAAGGAGCUGGUUGUGAAGAAGGUUAGGAAGCUGAUGGAUUUAGGCGAUGAGGAGAGUAAGGGGAUGAGGGAGAGGGCGGCGAGGUUGAAGGAGAUGUGUGGGGAAGCGUUGGGAGUGGGAGGGUCUUCGCAGCAGAAUCUAGAUGACUUUUUAAAGCAGUUUAUAAGUAGGAAGGUUUAGUUCCCCUUUGGGAAAUUUUAUGCGGAAGACAAAAUUUGUAUGUAUUUACAUUUCUUACACUUAGAAAGUUUGAUAUUUAUACCUAACACCUGGUUAUCCUAUGUAUUUCAUUCUUUUAAGAAGAUAGCAAUGUAAUAUUUUUACUAUGAUAUUAAAGCCCUGAGUGGUAUGCAUGUAAA